AUUGUGAUGCUGUAUCCUCCAUUGCCACCAUACCCGAAACUUUUCAACUAAACUGCAAAUGAGUGCUUGCAAAACCCUUUUGUGUGUUUCAUCACUCUGUUCCUCCUUCAAAUGCACACAUCCUUCUCUUCCUCCCUCUCUACCACACACUCUUUCUCUUUCUAUCUCUCUCUCUUCCCUCGGAUUAAGAUCCACUCGGAGAUGUUACACUUCACCUCAAAACGCUGCCGUUUCAAUCGAAGAACCCUUAGACGAAGAUGACCAAUCCGGCGACACGGUCCACCACCUCCUCACCAGCACCGAAGGUGUAUCAACGCUGAUGAAGAUGGAUCGCAAUCCUCACCCUCCUCUUCUCAACGAACCGCAGGCUCGGUGGUUCCCUUACCUCGACAGGUUCAGGUGCGGGAACGGUUACGUUUUGAGUAGCGGCGAGAUCAUCGAGGCCGUUAGUCCCUGCAUCUCCGAGGUGAGGAAACAGAGGUUCAGGAACGUGGUUCGGAACCGAACCUACUCGGUUUGUCUCGUCGUGGAAGGGCUCUCUGAUCUCAGCAACGUCUCCGCCGCGUUUCGAUCCGCCGACGCCCUUGGCCUUCAGUCCGUUCACGUCGUGUCUUCUGGCACCAACAAAAGGUAUAAAGAUAAUCGCCACGUGAGCAUGGGUGCAGAGAAAUGGUUGGACAUUGAACUCUGGGACUCUACAAAGGAGUGCUUUCAAAUGUUGAAAUCACGUGGUUAUCGAAUUGCCACCACUCAUGUGGGAAUGGAUGCGGUUCCAAUUUAUGACUUAGAUUGGUCUUGCCCAACUGCAAUAGUAGUCGGGAAUGAAAAUAGGGGAAUUACUGAGGAGGCUUUGGAGUUGUCGGAUUUGCAUUGCUGUAUUCCGAUGAAAGGAAUGGUGGACUCUUUAAAUGUUUCAGUUGCUGCAGCCAUCCUCAUGCAUCAUGUUGUUUGUGAUAGAAUAUCUCGUGUGGGCCGUCAUGGUGAUCUGACGGUAGAACAAAGCCAAAUUCUACUUGCAGAGUUUUCUCUGCGCCAUAGCAAGAAUGCAAUUAGUAUUGCCCAAGAUUAUGCAAAGCGCAAGGCAGCAAUAUUGACCUAACAGCAAUAACAGGAAGUCAAAUUUCUUCUAAUGAUAUGUUUUCAUGUCAUUGACUAGGAAACAGACAAGAGACUAGAUUAUUUCUGAUUGACUGGUUCCUACAAACUAGCCAAGCAAAUGCUACAUUGCAUUAGCUGAAGCAUGGCGCACAAGGCUCAUAGAUGACAAUGGGGACCUUACCAUAGAAUACCAAGCUUUUUUUUAGACUGUGGAUUAUUUCCUCAACGGUGUGCUUACUAGCUCCAUUUACUUAGCAAUGGGGAAUGAUGUCAUAAAAAAUGCAGCUGUAUUUUCUUUGUGUGAUUUUUUGGGCAUUAUUGAGUCUAAAGGACAAGGAUUUCAAGUUCCUAGUUCGAAGCAUUUUGACAUGCUGUAAUUUUAUUUUAAAAAAGGGUAAAAUCCUCACUUCCUUGGUAGAUGCUCGAGGUUAUGCUGCUGGCAUUUUUAUACGUGAUCAAAAUUAAACUCUAAUGAUG